CAUUACCAUAUCGACUUCUAUUUUGGUUUCUCAUUUUUGAUAACAUAGCUGGGAAGCCGCUAUGUCUGCCCACCACCAGCGAUGCCCUUCACAGAACCCGCGAUGCAACAGUCAUUGGUCCGCGAUGAAAGAAAGACUGACUGACUGAACUUUCUGUGGAUUCGUUAAGAACCUUCCAACUAAAAGCAGACCAAGGACCCAUUAAGGCCUUACAAAUUUGAUAUUAAAUUGUUUUUACCAUUUUUCUGCUUAUUUUCUGGAUUUGUGGCCAUCCAUACAGAUUGCAAAUCUGUCCGUCCCGUUUUUAGAACCUUCCAAGAAACAUCUUCCGGACGACGUGAAAGCGAGAACCUGUAAUUCGUUGCACCUUCCCCGAACAAAUGAAGCACUUGCCCUGCGACAUGCCCUAAUUCUAUAUAAAUUUGGUAAAGAUCUUUUCCAAACAGGGAAACAGAAUGGAUACAGCUGCAGAUCAUCCUCUGAAGCAAAUCCAAGAAAGCGUAGCUCACAGAUUGAGCCUGAAGCUAUGGGAAAAGGAAGAGCUUGUUCUAAAUCGUCGGAUCGAACAGAAGGAAACAAGGCGGAGAAACAUCCAGAACGAAAUAUAUCAAUUGCUCGGCCUUUAUUUCGUAUUCCUUGGCGUUGUUUUGACAGCAAUUUUCCAAGCGGGGGCGCAGCCGAGUCACAAGACCUGCAAAUGCUGGUGGAGCCCCUUCUUUCUGACGGCCAUAGCGCUGGUGGUCACGCUUGGCGGCGUCCAUAAAAAAUUUCACCUCCAGUCGGAGAUACAAAACCAGGUGGAGGAAGAGAAGGAGAAUUCCAAGGCACUCUUCCAGUCAAUUCAGCGGCUGAGAGCGGAAGGAACCAGAUUUGACCUAAAUGCGGAGCGUCCAUCAACCAAAAGCCAUCAAGAACCGCCUCUAAUUCUGCGGGCGGCGGAUUGGGGCUACUGGUGGGGUUACAGAGGCCUUGUAACUUUACUCUUGAUUGCCUUCUCUGCUAUUGUGCUCGUUUCUUGUAGAUCUGUUCUCUGUCUUUCCUCCAAACCCUCCAAACCCUAGAAGUUUCAGGGGUUAUAAAGUCUCCAGCUUGACGGGAUCUCUUGCAAUUUGGAAUUGUGUAUAUAUAAAUCUUUUCUUUUAUGAGCAAUACAGAAGAAUCUGGAGGUGUUUAAAGAUUCAGAGCUUAGGGCAGGUCUCCAUGCGGCUGCUUCGUUUAUUUUGGCUAGCAGCGGUUGCUUAAUUUUUUUAGCAUUAAUUUGUGGAGCUGGUGGCCUCAUGAAUGUAAAAUUUUGCUGCUUAUAAAAUAAGCAGUCAUCUUAAAUUGCAUUAUUAGAAGAAAUAUUUGAUUCUAAUCGUUUUGGAGAGCCAC